CUGGCCCAGCCCUCUAUUCCUCCAACAAGAACAAGCUGUCCGAGUGAAAGUUGGGGCGUAUUUUGAACUCUCUUUUGGGAGGUGAGGUUGCAAAAGGAAGAUGGGGAAAGUCAACGUUUGGUUGAAACGAAGUUACAUCUGCACAAUAGGUGUGAUAGCGGUAAUCGCUGUCUUCACCUUGGGAAUGGCUCUCUUUGGUCAUGGACUGAGUAUGCACGAGGAGGAUGACCAAUUUUUGAUGGGGAUAUAUUUCUUCUAUGGGUAUUCCGUCGUCACUCUCCUCUUUGCCAUCAUUGGUGGGUUUGGUGUCUGGAAGGAGAAACAGUGGGCUCUGAUAGCGUUUGCAGUUGGAAUGAUCCUGGGAUGUCUGUUCUUUAUCUUAAUAGAAAUAUCCUUUCCAUUUGCACAUAAAGAGAUGGAACGUGAGCUGAAGAAUAACUACCUCAGCAUGUUGCCUCUCUCAAACGUCAGUGAGAGCGAAUUAUCGGAAUUCUACCAUACACAGAGUGAGCUUCACUGUUGUGGCAUCACAAGUCUCGGGGAUUGGGAAAACAACAUUCCCGAAUCAUGCAAGUGUGACAUAGACUCCUCUGAUGACUGUAUGGAUGUUUAUCUACCUAUGCACAAUGAUUCUGGACUGAAUCUUUUGAAUGUCAAGCCCAUCAGGAUUUAUGCUAAGCCAUGCCUCCAAGUCUUAAUUCAAAUUGAGAAGCGCUCUCUUUCCACGUUUCUUGGCAUAAUGUCAGCAAAAACAUUGUUGUGGAUACUAUCAGUCGGGCUGUGUAUUGCGAUUCUGUUUCAGCUGAAUAAAAAGGUGGAAACUCCAAAUGUGGUCUACAGUCGAGAGGCCAAAGCAGGGAAUUAUGACAUCCUCAAUGAUGCUCAGGAACCGACUUUGAAAAUCGAAUGAUUUUGUUUUUCUUUUGCGAUUCCCAGAUAUUGGGACAAAAAUGUUAGCAUCAAGCAAUGCUAUUUUAUAAUUAACUAUACUAUAUUAAGAAAUUAUAUUUUAUCCGCAGUGCUACAUGAAUGCAAGUUAAAACAUUUUGCAACAAGUAAAUCAAGUAAAUUAAGCCCAAUGUCAGGUCUGUGUAAGCCAA